ACUGAGCACGACCUGCCGCUUUGCCACAUCUGGACUGGAGACGCUUCCCAACCACGAGAAACUUCAACUUUUUUUUUGCGUUGACUUUGCGCAAAAACACAACAGUCACUCGGGCGUUGUUGUUUUUUUUUCUUGCGAAUUGUCUUGUCCGUUCAGGGUGGUUUCUUUUCUCACUCGAUAGUAAGUAGAGAUUCUUGAGCCUAAAGCUUUGCGUUUCUGUCUCCUCUUAGGUAAACAGAGCCCCGUUUGGGAGUUUCAUACAUUCAGUUUUCUGUUACGACUGCCACACUUAUUUAGAGCUCUGCUGGAUUUUUAGCAAAUAAUCCAUGAUCUAGAGCCUUUUUGAGGGGGAGAAACGAGGGGAAAGCGAGGCGCAGACCUCCAUCUAUUGAGUCUAAACACGCAGAUUAAAACCUUUAUAGCAAAUAGUUGUACAUUUCACUCCCCGCUCCUGUCAUAACAUUGCUAAUAUUUACUUUGAAAUGCGAAAAUUGAAAUCUGUCUGCGAUCACUGCGCUGAAUGAAUGCGUUGAUGGUGACACGAGUCAAAUGUAGGGAAGUUGUGAAAUUCAGCAGCCCGCUGGUGAUGGAGUGACACAAUUUUAUCAUUUUCUUUAAAAGUAUCCGAUUUAUUUAUUUAUAUUUGUGUCUGAUCCUGGAGGGGAAAAAAAAAAAACUGGGAGAAACCAGAAGGCACAGAGCUCCAUGCUGAAGUGUUUAAGUUAGUCUGCGGGGAAAUUUAAAAAGACCUAAAAUACAGCGUUGGUUUCUUCCCUACAAAGAAUCAUUUGAACUUCCCACCGCAAAGAGAGAGAGAGAGAGAGAGAGGGAGAGAGCAAGAGAGAGAGAGAGACAUAAAUAGUUCUGACAUGUGGAUGUAAUUUCAGAAAAAAAAGAAAGAAAAAAGACAGAUGCGCAGAAAUAAAGCGAGCGGGCUGAACCGGACCAAAUAGUAGAUUAUAGGAAAUUAAAUCGAGGGCAGAGCGGGCGAUUACAGAGUUAUGAUUUCACCAGCCGCCAGGAGCGUCGACGGGCCAGAUGGAGUGAAAAGACGCAUCACUCUCCACUUUGAAGAGAGUUAAGUAGAUUAAAUAACUGCCUUUUUUUCGAGCUUCGUCAACUGCUUGUUCGAAGGACUCUCACUGCUGGAGGAAGAGUUGCAUCGAGGUCAGGGAUGGGAUCUUCUCUGCAGUUCCAUAAUCUGGACUUUCUUCUCAUCUCACUCCUCAGCACCCUGUGCCUGGUGUAUGCAGAUGAUGUGCUGACUAAAGAGGAGCAGAUUGGUCUGUUGUUCAUAGCUAAGAGAAAAUGUGAAGAAAACAUUAAAUCGAGAGGUAAAGUACCCGAUGGCUUUUGUUCACCGGAGUGGGAUGGCAUUGUGUGCUGGCCUGAGGGACCUCCUGGAAACCUUGUGUCCACAUUGUGUCCCGACUACAUUUAUGACUUCAACCACAGAGGACUGGCAUACCGUCGGUGUGACAGCAAUGGAACGUGGGAGCUAGUCUCAGUCAACAAAACAUGGGCCAAUUACAGUGAAUGUGCAAAAUUCCUUUACAUUAACAACUAUACCAAUGAAAAGGAUGUUUUCCACCGUUUGUACAUCAUCUAUACGGUUGGGUACUCCAUCUCCUUUGGAUCACUUCUGGUGGCUGUUGUCAUCCUGGGAUAUUUUCGGCGGUUGCACUGCACCAGAAACUACAUCCACAUGCACUUAUUUGUGUCCUACAUGCUACGAGCCAUAAGCAUAUUCGUGAAAGAUAUAGUUCUCUACUCUGGAUCUGCGUUAGAGAACAUGGAGAGAGUCACAGUGGAGGACCUCAAGUCCAUUACUGAAGCCCCACCUGCCAGCAAAACACAGUUUAUUACCUGCAAGGUGGUGGUGACCUUGUUCAUGUACUUUCUGGCGACCAAUUACUACUGGAUCCUUGUGGAGGGUCUUUACCUGCACAGUCUCAUUUUUAUGACUUUUUUCUCGGACAAAAAGUAUCUUUGGGGAUUUACACUGAUUGGCUGGGGAGUACCAGCUGUGUUUGUGACCAUCUGGGCCACUGUGAGAGCCACGCUUGCCGACACAGAGUGUUGGGACUUAAGUGCAGGCAAUUUGAAAUGGAUAUAUCAAGUGCCAAUCCUGGUGGCCGUGGUGAUUAAUUUUGUAUUAUUUUUGAACAUCAUCAGAGUCUUGGCAACAAAACUACGAGAAACAAAUGCUGGGAGGUGUGACACCAGACAACAGUACAGAAAACUCUUGAAGUCUACACUGGUGCUGAUGCCACUGUUCGGCGUCCACUACAUCAUAUUUAAUGCCAUGCCAUACACAGAGGUCUCUGGAAUACCGUGGUUGAUACAGAUGCACUACGAGAUGCUUUUUAACUCAUUCCAGGGUUUUUUAGUUGCAAUCAUAUACUGUUUUUGCAACGGAGAGGUGCAAGCCGAGAUCAAAAAGUCAUGGAGCAGAAGAACCUUGGCCCUUGACUUCAAGAGAAAAGCUCGAAGCGGAAGUAAUACUUACAGCUAUGGACCAAUGGUGUCGCACACCAGCGUAACCAACGUCACUGCCAGAGGACCCCUGGCCCUCCACCUCACCACGAGGCUGGGACCCAUGCCUGUAAACGGCCACAGGAACCUUCCGGGGUACGUCAAGAAUGGCUCCGUCUCUGAGAACUCUGUGCCUUCCUCAGGACAGGAACUCCACAUACCUGAAGAGGAGCAGUCUGCACACACACGGCCCAGCGAGGAAGAGAAACCCACGCCAGUUGUGGAGGAGGAGAGGGAGACGGUCAUGUGACCUCCAGCGGACCCCGUGUAUAGCAAUGAGAAGAGGACAGACAAAUCAUGAGCGCUCUCAGGAUGGUCUGAAGGUGACGGCAUGAAUCAAAAGUACCAGUUCUUUUCCUCCUGUAAAACUGAGCCAGGACAAUGGAUAUUGAUGAGGCUCAAGGAGCAAAAAGGUGCAUUGCUCUUCCACGUUUCUCUAAGAGAUGAAGACGGCAAUUUCUUUAAGGCAAGAUCGGCUUUUCUCCUUUAUCCACCAUCUGCCACAGAGAAUGUGUAAAAGCCUAAAACAGGUUUAUUUCUUUGAUUUCACUGCCAUGACUGUUUUUUAAUAUAGUGCUCUGUUUGCUUACACGGUAAAUGUUGUCUUUUUGUGUAUAAAUUAAGCGUAAGGUUGAUGGGAGAUCAGCCUUACUGUACAUCAGCUGGGGAAAUACUCUUAAGUAAAAAAUAAAUAAGAAAUUCUACUAUUUUAAGUCAUUCAUUCUUUGUGGCAUGGGCCAUAUUGGUUCUGCAUUGACUCACAUCUGUGUCAAUGUUUAAAAGGGAAGUUACUCAGGUAAUUAAAAUCCUUUGUUGUUGCACACAUUUUCAAUUUUUUAAGAGGUGUUUCAACAAAUUCUACAUCUCCUGAAUUCAGUCUCUAUUAAGCUUUGUCAGUUACAUUUUCUUUGUCUUUUGAUUUGUUGUACAGUUUCUGCUGUUUUGAUCAACAUAGUAGUUAUCCCUCUAAUUACUGGAAUGAAUAUGAAAAAUUUAAAUGAAUGUAUACAUUCCCAAAUAUCCUGUUCCAAAAAAUGUGGGCACACUAUAUAAUGUGGACAGUACUUUCUAGGAACUUUCAUAGAAUGUUCCACGUUGUUUUCUGGAACUUUUAUGGAACAUAGCAGGUGUUUUCCUUUAAUCUACUGUGUAGUUUCCGGAAUGAAGCUUUAUGAGAAGGUUGACUAAUACUGGGGUGCUUUCUCCCAAAAAUUACCAAGACCCUUCAUGGACCUUAACUGUAACUCUUAUGGAAUUCACCUGUAACCUUUGUAUAACCUGCAUGAAACGUUCACGGUUCAAGGUACUAACUAGGUGCUUUCCAGGAACUUCAUUGGAACUUACUGGAUACUUACAGGAACUUCUUCUGGGUUUUGGAGUGUCUUAUAGUGUUGUAACUAAUGGAAGUUUGAUUAAAAUUAUUGGGGGGGGUUAGGAAUCUGGCUGUAUUAUGAGGUGACCUAGAAUAGUUACUUUCCUGAUUUCCAGGAAUUUUUAACGACCUUAUCAGCUGCUUUCUUGGAACAUUACGUUAAUGGAAUAUGAAAGUUAUUUGUCAUAGGUGUGUUUGUCAUUAAAAGUUGUAUUUAAGCUACACAAGUGUUCCAGAAAAAAAGAUCUUGUAGGUUCAAUGACAUUUGCACGAAAGUACCUUGUAGCUUUGAAUAAAGCACCAGCAAAGCACAGUUUCUACAGAGAAAAUUCGACAAAUGAAGCCCCCAGAAAUCAAAGUGUGCCAUUUAUACGGAAUACACAGAUAAAGCAAAUUGAUUUUUACAAAAGGCCUGGUAAUGUGCAGCUUGAGUUCAUUCAUAUUCAAGUCACAAUGUUUACAGAUCAAAAGUACAUUCUAAUUGUGAGCUAAAUGUUGUAACAUGCAUAUAUAUAUGUAGAUG